GCCGCUAGCUGGGGGAAAGGUCACACAAGAUGGCGGCGCUGGCAGUACUGAGGAGCUCGGCUCCCGCCCGGCUUCUAUCAGGUUCAUUCUGCGUCCACAGAGGUGGCCUGGCGUCAUGGCAGCACUACCAAAGCCGGAGACCGUUCAGCAACAACAAGAUUUUGGUAGAAUUGAAUGAAUCAACGGGGGUGGCAGUCAUGAAAAUGAAGAACCCUCCAGUGAAUAGCCUCAGCCUGGACUUUCUUACAGAAUUCUCUAUUAGUCUGGAGAAGCUGGAAAUAGACCGUGGCUGCCGGGGACUCAUCCUGACUUCUGCAUUUCCCAAAAUCUUCUCUGCUGGGCUGGACAUCACAGAGAUGUGUGGAAAAAGUGCUGAGCACUAUGCUGCGUUCUGGAGAGCUGUGCAGGAAAUGUGGUUGAAGUUAUAUGGGUCCAAUAUGGUGACCAUCGCAGCUGUCAAUGGUUCAAGUCCUGCUGGCGGGUGCCUCAUGGCCAUGUGUUGUGAUUACCGAAUUAUGGCUGACGAUCCUAAAUUCGCCAUUGGCUUGAACGAGACCCAACUGGGCAUAGUUGCUCCAUUCUGGUUCAAGGACACCAUGAUUAACAUUGUAGGUAAUCGUGUGACUGAACAGUCCCUCCAGCUUGGGCAAAUGUAUUCUGCCCCAGAAGCACAUAAAAUCGGUCUUGUAGAUAUGCUAGUUCCAGAGGAUAAGGUACAGAGCACAGCAGCUGCCGCCAUGACCCAGUGGUUUUCCAUUCCAGAUCAUGCCCGUCAGCUCACCAAAUCCAUGAUGCGUAAACCCACAAUCGACAGACUAGUUAAACAGCAGGAAGCUGAUAUUAACAAUUUUGUCAAUUUUAUCACGAGAGACUCCAUCCAGAAGUCUUUGCAGGUCUACAUGGACAGACUGAAACAGAAAAAGUAGCAAGCAAGGUUGAUCCUUGAAUUUGUAAGCCAUAGAUAAAAUAAAAAAAAAAGCUAUAGCAAUUAAAAGGUGGAGGUUUCCGUUCACUUGUCUAAUUGGUUAAAGUCUGUGAAGGUAUAGAGUGGUAUAAUUCUGUUAACAGAGUUCGCUUGUGCCAGCUGUGUACGGACUGUAACCCCCGAUGGUCAGGGCACAGUGUUCUAGGACAUCAAAAAAUGAUGGGAGAAUGUGUAUAAAUGUUAGGGAGUAGCAAAAUGGGUUUUAAAUCUCCUUGUGUCCUUACCCCCAGCCCAGUUUGUGCACAUACAUUCUGUGUAGGAGGUUUUGUACCGCAUGCUUUACCAGCCACCGUUCUAAGAAAACUGACAUUAUAAUUCUGCAGAAAUGUGCUUAUUUGUAGUGCCUGUACAGGGUGUGACUUUUGUACUAAUGAAAAGAAUAAAACAAAAUGGUGAAGUAAAGUUCAGAAACUUUUCAUCUAUUUACUAAAGAAUUUCAAUCACUGCAAAACGGCCUCAGCUGUAAUAAACCAUUGUAAAUUUC